AUGCCCUCCUCCCCGCUCGCCGCCGGCGACGCCGCGUCCACCUCCGGCCCCGCCUCCGCCUCCGCCGCGCCCGCCGAUGACGACGACCGCGUCUUCCUCGUCCAGCACCGGUGGUGGAGGGAGGCGCAGGAGGGCGCCGAGAUCGACGCGCACGGGAUUCCCUACGCGGCGGCGCCGUCGGGGGGCCCCUCCUACGGCUUCCGCGGGGUGCUCAGCCUGCUCAUGAGCGACAACGCCACCUUCACCCUCCGCCGCGCCGACGACCUCCUCCAGCCCGAAGCCUCCGCCAAGGCCGGGGCCAGGAGCUACGCGCUCGUCGCGGCCGACCUCUUCGGGAAGGCACGCACCUGGCAUUUUGAUUCUCUCAAGUCUAAUGGCAAAAGUUCAUUGCUUACUGAAGAGGCAUCCGUAAACAUAUACCCUAUAAUGCUUAGAGUUUUGGUCACUCGAGGUACAAAUGCACUAACGGUGAAGAUCAGUAGAAAGGACAACUCAGCCGAGAACUUUAAAAGAGCAAACAAGAUUCUGGCUUCGGAGUCUGAGCCGGUUCACAUAUGGGAUUUCUCUGGGCGAACAACCUUCAUAUUGAUGAAUGAAUGGAACCGUAUGCCCCAAGAUCCCCGGUCUUCUGACCAGGAGAUGCCUCUGGAAAUACAAUUCUAUGAUAUAUCAGAACCUCCGGCUAAUGGUGCUGCUGGGAGAAAAGAUGAGUUAGCAUUGACCAUGGGUAGCUCAGCUUUGAGCAAUGGUGGCAUCAUGGACAUGGAUCUGGAUUCAUCAGGUGGAAUCUGUAAGCAAGUUGGCUCUGGUUUAAUAGGAUUAGACAAUCUUGGAAACACAUGUUUCAUGAACAGUGCAGUCCAGUGUUUGGCUCAUACUUCAAAGCUGGUUGACUAUUUUCUUGGAGAUUACCAGAAGGAAAUAAACACCCAGAACCCACUAGGAAUGAAGGGGGAGCUUGCUUAUUCAUUUGGAGAUCUGGUGAGGAAGUUGUGGGCUAUUGACGGAACCUCAUUUUCUCCUCGCCAGUUUAAGGCAAAACUUGCACGCUUUGCCCCCCAAUUCAGUGGCUUUAACCAACAUGAUUCACAGGAGCUUCUUGCUUUCUUAUUGGAUGGACUACAUGAAGAUUUGAAUCGUGUCAAAUGUAAACCCUAUGCUGAAGCAAAGGAUUCAGAUGGUCGUCCUGAUGAAGAGGUUGCAGAUGAGUACUGGGGCAACCAUUUAGCUCGAAAUGAUUCCAUUAUAGUUGAUACAUGCCAGGGCCAAUACAAAUCUACGCUAGUUUGCCCACUUUGCAAGAAAGUGUCCAUAACGUUUGACCCGUUUAUGUAUUUAUCUUUGCCCCUGCCUUCAACGACAACGAGAACAAUGACCGUAACAGUCUUUAGUACUGACGGCUCUAUUGGGCCAUCUCCUUACACUGUGAGUAUACCAAAAUCUGGAGACUUUAAGACACUCAUCAAUGCGUUAAGCAAUGCUUGUUCGCUUAGAGACGACGAGCGCCUCUUGGUUGCUGAGGUUUACAAUAGUUCUCUCAUCCGCUACUUGGAGGAUCCCUCUGAUGACAUCUCCUUGAUCAGAGAUGGAGAUAAAUUGGUUGCCUAUCGACUUCCGAAAGACAGUGAAGGUGCAGCUGUAGUGGUGUUCAAAAGCGAACGUAUGGAGUCCUCCAUCUCUAGUUUUGGUAGGAAGUCUUGGAAGAAUUUUGGCACUCCUCUUGUAUCAAAUCUCCCUGACACAAUUGAUGGGCGUACUAUCUACAAUCUUCUCCUAAAAGCUCUGACUCCAUUCCGAGAACCAAAAGAUGAUGUUUUGGAUGAUGAUCAAAUAACUGGCAAAAGCAGCCCCGUGAAUGAAACUUCAGACAUCGAUAUGAGCUCCGAUGCUGCAGAGUGCUCCAGCAUGAACACUAAUGCUGGUGAGGAUGACAUGACGACUGAAGGUGGCAUGCUAUUUUUCUUGAAUACUGAGAGGUUCCCGAACCAGCGCAUGAAGAUAGAAAUGGAUCAAACUAUUACACUUUCCAAUUUGCAGAGGCGUUUGAUUGUGUCUGUGAGUUGGCAGGAUAAGGGUCUCAAGCAAUACAACCUUGAUUCUUUGGAUUCGCUUCCUGAGGUUUACAAGACCGUGCUGUUUACAAGGAGACCACAGGAAACCUGUUCCCUGUAUGCAUGUCUUGAAGCAUUUAUAAAGGAGGAACCAUUGGGCCCAGAGGACAUGUGGUAUUGCCCAGGUUGUAAAGAACACCGACAAGCUAGUAAGAAACUAGACCUUUGGAGGUUACCAGAGAUCCUCAUAAUACACCUAAAAAGAUUUUCAUACAGUCGGUACACAAAAAACAAGCUGGAUACAUAUGUGGACUUCCCGAUUCAUGAUCUUGACUUGUCGAGUUAUAUCCGCGACAGAAGCGGGCAGAUGUCCAACCACUAUCAACUGUAUGCUGUCAGUAACCACUAUGGGAGCAUGGGAGGAGGUCACUACACUGCAUAUGUUUAUAAUGAUGGGAAAAAGAAGUGGUAUGAUUUUGACGACCGUUGUGUCUCAGGUCUUGAGAACGAGGAUAGCAUAAAGACGUCGGCAGCUUAUGUUCUUUUUUAUAGGCGGGUACAUGGUGAUACUAGCUUAGUAGAUACAGAAACAACAACAAUAGUAGAGUCUCCUGAUUGUACAACAUCAGGAGUAGCGGCGGCGGGUGACGACUUGUGA